AGAACUUCCAGCAAACUCGUGGUUAGAGUUGGACACGUAUUUUUAAUUAACUUUUUUUCCUGUAAAGGAACAACUGAAGAUUAUCAGGAUGCAGAAGUGUUUUGGCGGUGUUUGUAUAUCACUUAUUCUUUGCGCAGUUUUGACGGAGACACUUGGAAUGGUUAUUGCGGCGAAGGAGAAGCGCGGCUGGACGCUCAACAGCGCCGGGUACCUCCUCGGUCCUCGUCGUAUUGAUCAUCUAAUACAGAUAAAGGAUGCUCCCAGUGCAAGGGGGAGGGAAGAACUGCUUGGUCAAUAUGCCAUUGAAAGUCACAGGACACUGAGCGAGAAGCACAGGUUAGCAGGAAAGAGGGACACGCCUCUAGAGGAUGACUUCAGACCCGGAGCUCUGAGAAUAGCAGAUGAAGAUGUUGUCCAUACAAUCAUAGACUUUCUGUCAUACCUCAAAUUGAAAGAAACAGGCGCCCUCGAAAGUCUGGCUUCCUCUCUGACAUCAGAUGAGCUGAGUCAACCGUAACUCAGACUAAACUUCUCAUUUCUCUGGCCAAUGCACUCCGACCUCUGACCUUUGCCAUGGCUGUCUGAACACCAUCUAACGAGCUAUGUCUUUAGUACUAUAUUGUUUGCUUCAGUCUUGACAUAUAGGUCCUGCAGAAUUACUUGGGUGGCUGACUUGAAGACUGUCACAAA